AUGUCAAAUCAAGAUCUUAAUAUAUUUCCAAAUCUCAAAGUUAAUGUGCCUUCGUUCCUUCUAAAAAUUUAUGAGAUUUUAGAGGUAUGAUAAGCAAAAAUAAUCUUAGAAUGAUUCAUUAACGGGCUUAAUAUCAUGGAACAAAGAAGGAACCUCCUUUAUAGUAUUCAAUCCAAGUGAAUUGUCUUCGAAAGUGUUAGCUAACUAUUUUAAGCAUAAAAACUAUCCUAGCUUUCUCAGGUAUCAUUAAAGUAAUGUAGAUAACUAAACAUGUAUAAUUUUAAAAAGACCAGAAAUUAGUUUGGGUAAAGUGAAUUUCGCCACAGAUGGUUCAGAAGAGGUCUAAAGUAUUAGUUUAAUCAUAAUCUUUCUAGAAGUACGCUGUCGUAUAUAAGAAGAAGAAAUUAGGAAGAGUCAGAUCUAAGAAUAGAAACAAAACAUAGCACUUAAGAACUUGAUAAUUAUAAGAGAGAACAAGAGAGUCUGAAAUAAAUUGUCAAAGACCUCAAAGAAACUUAAAUCAAAUUAUAGGAAGACUUAAAUUUUCAAAUUGAGCAGUCUAUGGCAUUAUCUCAUUAAAAUUAGAACACAUUAUAAGUAAAUUAAUUAGAUUAUUUAGGCAAUAAAUUAAACCUAAUUGUAAUUCAAUCAAAAGUAUGAUUAAGUGAUUCUCAUGUUAAACAAUUCAAUUAACAAUAUGCCCACUUUAGGUAUUCAAAUAUUUAAAUUUAAGUCUAUAACUUUAAAGAAAUAAUUAAAUAUUGUUAAGAAGAGACAAAUUAAAACUUUUGCCUUUAGAACCAUACUCCAUCAACUAGGACUUAGCAUGCUUAAUACAAUUAAAUGAAUUAUUACCCACAGCGACAGUAUUCUUGCAAUAAUCCAAACUUAUUUUAACUUUAUUAUUAUCAAAACGAUCCAAAAUAAUUCCUAUACAAAAAGAAUAGUCCCCUUGCUUUAACAGCCUCCACCCAGAAUAAUUACUUAUGUAUGAAUUAGCAAUGUUCAAGCUCCCUAACAUAAUUAUUCACUUUAAUCCAGUUAGCAAAAUUCUCCCUAUAGAAUUUAGAAUAUACAGAUUUCCCCGUAUUAUUACGAUUCAAGGAAUAUAGAUUAAGUAAAUUCGAUUUAAAUUUUAUUCUAGUACAGUUUUAACUAAUAAGUAUGAUACCUAUUUUAUGUUUGUGUAUUUCUCUAUAUAAAUAAUAAAUUGUAUAUAAUAUUAUGUAAAAUGAAGGUAGGAUUUGCUAUGGACUAUCGAUGUCAACAUAGCAAAUAGAAAGGAAUCUCUUCUAAAGUGUGGUAUAAUUUUAUGUAUUUAAGACUUCUAGAAUUGAAUAAUUGA